AGAAUAGUAACUCCAUGGUCUCAGUAAACGACCACCAUUUUACUGAGAUUGAAUUUUAUCCCAUACCAUAUCAUUUCAUUUCAUUUAAUUUCAUCUCAGUUGAUAAAUGUUUCAAAUUAAUCAUCGUCAUUUCAUUUCACUCCUUAUUAUAAUUUUUCAUAGGGAUGGGAAAUGAAUUAAAAUAAAAAUGGACCUAAAGAUCUUAGUUACCAGGCCAUUAAAUCUGUUUAAAAAAAAAACGUUAAUAACAAACAUAGAUUAUACAUUUAAUAUAAAUCAAAUUUUUGUUUAAAUCUUUCGUUGCUUGUCACCUAAUUUUUCUUUUGAUUUUUUAAUACUUAUGUUUGCCCUUGGACUUAGAUAGUGUUUGUUACGAUGAUUUACACGGAUCUAGUAUUAGGAUUCCGAUUUGCAUAUCCUCUGAGAUGAACCCGCGCUUGUUUACGAACCAUUGAAACGCCUGACUAGAAUUCUUGGAAAUCUAUGGGUUGGAACUUCGAAAUAUGCAUAGACCUAUAUAGUAGAAAUAUGCCAUCAAGUUCCCGGUUGAAGUGCCAUUUUGGCUGUGAAAUCGAUGGUCCAUUGCAUCGAUUUCCUAAACCACAAUACCCACAUUUAACAAAAUUUAAUUCUUGGAAAUCUGUCCUUGCUAAAGAUGUUCAAGAUAAAGGGGACAUUUACAUCUACAACCAAAUCAGAAUUUGCGAUCGGCACUUUGAAAAAUGUUAUCAUUCACAAAGUCACAGACUUAUAGCUAACGCAGUACCAACACUAAACAUUGGUUUUUCUCAGCAGCAACCUGUAGAAAUUGAGGUUGAUGAAAAUAUGCCGACUCUAAUGCAGCCAUUGACUUCUGCCCAAAUGACAAAAGUGCAACAGUCAUCACACAGUUUCCCAAAUCUUACUGUUAGUAUGCCAUCAGCAACUAGAAAUGUCGCCAAUAAAGCUGAAACAAAUCAAUCCAGACGAGAUAGUGAAGAUCAAGAUUCGGCCGAUACCAGUUCUCAACAGGUUGAAAGUCUAAGAACACUCCAGUCUACCGGUGCUCCCAUAAAGAAACCUAAACAAGAGCAUAGGUGUCACACUUGCGAGGAAGAAAUCUCCGAUUGGGACGAGCUAGAAAAGCACCUAAUCCAACACGUUUCCCUACCGUCUACCGGAAUUGAGGAGCUGCUUUUAGAGUAUAGCCCGCCCUCUGGGAACGAAAACUGGUCAGAUGAAGAUGAGGAACCCGCAGCAGUGAACAAAUUGAGUGGACUAGGUUUUACUAUAAAGAAGAACCGUAUGAGAAUAAAGCAAGAGCCUGGUUACAAUGCUACUCCGGAGAGCGAUGACCUCCAAAACAUUAACAAUCGCCAUCAAAUCAAACUAGAACAAACCAUGGAGACCGUGAAGGUGAAACAAGAGGUCGAAAACGACGAAUAUCAACCGCAACAGAAUUUUCAUUUAUUCUCUGAUCAGAUAAAGACAGAGAGAAGCGUCACUCCUCUUGACAGGAACAAUUGUUACACACCAUUAAUAGCAAUUGUCAAAGACGAUCCCGACGGAUCCGCAAACCAGCCCUCUCAACCGAUAUUUUCGGACAGUAAAACUGCACCCACAAGUGCGACGGUGCCACUACUUCCCGUCACGAAAAUUGAAGAUACCGGACCAACGUUUAUAGAGAUUAAUAUCGAUUCUAAUGAUAAGGACGGAGAUGAUUGUGUUGGUUCAACGACGCCGGCGCCCGAUAUUAAACCGAUCGUACCUAAAAUCGAAAACGCACCGCUCGUGUCCUGUCCCUCGAUCUCGCAGUCGUUUCAAAGCUCUCAGCCCAGUUACAAUAACUCUGGGCAUUUAUCGCCGAGAAUAACAACGGCUCCGUCUUUAGAGAAACAACACAAUUUCAACUGGAACGCGCCGGAUUCGAAACCGCACCUGAACUCCAUGAACAUCUUGGAUAAUACGGCAGAUGAAAUAAAUUACAGAUAAUAUUGAAUAGUAACGGAUAAAGUUUAUUAUGCUAAAUAAUAACGAAGGGCUAUUUAGCAGACAACCUUGAAAGAUUGACUGUGGUGGGCAAGGUAGAAAGGAAAAGACCUGCCAGCCGGCCACCAAACUAUUGGUCAGAUCUGAUAACUGCGCUCACUGGACUCUGUUGCGACCGCCAUGAGAGAAGCCGAAAACCGAAGGAAAUGGAAGCCGAUGGUACAAAGAGCCACGAAGAGCUUUCAGGGACACGACCUUCAGCAAUGAAGUAUGCGACUAAGAAGAAGAAGAAGAAGAAUUUGAUUUAAGCGGCAUUUCGCUUAAUACGCGACGUUUAUCUUUGUAAUUAAAGAUGAGUUUUAUUUGGUAUUAGCAUCAA